AACUCGAAUGAACGCCUCAUUUUUUGCUAGCUUCGCCCCCGAUCAUUAAUAGCCGUACACUACUUGUUUCCAAAUAUAUUACUUUGAUCUGAAUAAACUUUAAAAAUUUAUAAAGAAUUGAUAGGGAACAUAGUGGAGGGGAGGAGGGAGUAAGAAGAAGAAAAAGAUAUGAAAAUUGUGUGGGUGGGAGUGGCGGCCUCUUAUCUCUUUCAAAACAGAUAAAGGGAAACUGUUAAUAGGAGCUGAUGAUGAUAAUGAUGGGAUUAACAUGAUACAGAAGUGAGUAACAUGGCUAUGGCUUUGGCAUUGCCUUCUUCAGCAUCCUCAUUUCUUUCCUCUUCUUCUUCUACUACUCAAAAACAAGCUUAUUUCACCUCAUCAAGAAAGUCCCUCCAUCGCUUUGUCAUUCGUUCUACUCUCUCUGAUCCCUCUGCUGCUCUCUUCCUAGCCUCCAAACAUGCAGUGGAUUCGUAUGUGAAGAGUGGUAUGGUAGUUGGACUGGGUUCAGGUCAUGCUUCUGCAUUGGCUAUACACUAUCUUGGUCAGCAACUCCGAGCUGGUACUCUAAAAGAUGUCACUGGCAUUCCCACAUGUGUUGGCAGUGCAAGUGAAGCAGCAAAGGCAGGAAUCCCCUUGGAACAGUAUGAUGAUAGUUAUAAGAUUGAUCUAGCAUUUGAUGAAGCUGACAUUAUGGAAGAAGAAACACUUGCUGCAAUCAUUGGUCGUCGAAAACUGCAGGGUGAUGAUUCUAUAAUUAAAGAAAAGACUAUUUUGGAUGCAGCUGAUCAACUAAUAUUUAUUAUAAAGGAAAAACAAUUCAAGGGCAGUGUAGAAGGUUCAAUUCCAGUACUAAUCAAAUCUGUUAAUUGGCUUGAAACAGCCGAAGAAAUAGACGAUCUCUUCCUAGGAGAUGCAGAGGUUUGGAGGAGACCAGCUAUAGGGUAUGCAGGUCCUCUGGGAGGUGAUUUCCCUUUAGUCACUAAAGAAGGGCACAACAUCCUUGAUGUCAUAUUUACAUCUCCAAUUGAAAGCCUUGCUGAAGUGGCUAAAAUCCUUGAUCAAAUUGAUGGUGUUGUGGAACAUGGUGUUAUCUUCAGGAAACAGUGCACAGCAAUCAUUGCCUCAGAAGAUGGACUGCAAAUCGUCGAUAAUAGAGUUCAGAUGGAAUCAAGCAACCUUUAAUGGAGAAAAGUUUAGCAUUGUUGAUGCUGUAAUUUUGAAGUCUUAUCACUCUCCACUUUGUUCUAUUUCAAUUGUUCCGUAACAUUUUAAAGCAGAAGAAGGCUCGAGAUCUCUGGGUCAUAUUUUAUGUUCUGAAUGCUUGGUUAAAGUAUAGUAUGUUUUUACAAUUUGUUUUCAAAGUAGGAAAGAAGAAAAGUGUAUGCAAGAAUGUAAAUAGAGAUAAGACUUGCUUUGUCCCCCUUGAUUAAAAGAUCAUCUGAACAUGAAGUUUUCUUCUCUUCA